AUGUGGUUUCCAGCGCUGUCAGCCCUAUGGCUGGCGGCUAUGGCUUGGGGUGCUGUAGGUCGCGAUGAAGAUGGCAAUAUUAGGACUAUAUCUCUUCGGACCCAUACGUUGAAGCAGCCCUACUUGGACUCCGAGAUGCAAAGUCGGUGGUACGAUUUUGGAGGCGACACGAUAGUUCGAACGGAUUCGUAUAUCCGUCUAACUUCGGAUCGUCCGUCGCAAAACGGAUGGUUGUUUUCUCGAGUACCUAUGACCGCCACGAAUUGGGAAAUCACUGUUGAAUUCAAGAUCCACGGGUCUAACCAAUUAUAUGGCGAUGGCUUUGCGAUGUGGCUUACAAAGGAACGAGGACAGAUCGGACCGGUUUUUGGACAUGCAGACAACUUCGAAGGCCUUGGCGUUUUCAUUGACACCUACAAGAACAACCGACCUGGUGUCGUUUUCCCAUAUGUAAUGGCGAUGGUUGGUGAUGGCAAGACAACAUAUAACAAGGACAACGACGGAAAGGACACUGAAUUUGCUGGCUGCCCUGCCCGAGGCAUUCGAAACGCGAACGUUCCUACUAAACUAAAACUCACAUACUUUCAGGACAAGUCAUUAAAGUUAGAACUCCAGUACCAGUCCGAAGAUGAAUGGAAGCUAUGCUUCGAGACGAACGAGCCCCCGGCGAUCCCUGCUGUCACAUACCUUGGAUUCAGCGCUGAGACAGGCGAGUUGAGCGACAACCAUGAUAUCAUCUCUAUCGAUGCGAAGAAUCUUUAUGUGACGGGAGGCUCAGCUAGCAAGCCUACACCUGGCAAGGGAAGUGUCAAAUCGUCCCAGCCGAAGGAAAGCGGCGGUAGCAGCUGGACCUGGUUCUUCUUUAAAUUUAUUGUCUUUGGAUUAGUAGUCGGUGGAGCAUACGUCGGCUUUACGGCAUACCGAACGAACAAGAAGAGGAGCCAUCGAUUUUGA